CAGCGGUGUAGGGAGGCCUGACAAGUUAGGUUGUCCUCCCCGCCCUUGUACAGUACAAGCCCAUGAUGUCAUUGAGAGGUCACUGCUAUCACUGGAUGCUGUAUAGGAUUUGACUUCUGGGCGAAGGACGUAGACAAGCACAAUGCCUGAAGAUCUUCCAUUUAACAUUGACAUCAAGGAACCUCGAUGGGAUCAGAGCACGUUCGAAGGGAGAGCCAGACAUUUCUUUAUGGUGACAGAUCCUCGCAAUAUUCUGCUUGGACCUAAAGUGCUUGAUGAAGCGAAGACCAUUGUAGAUAAUUAUAGAAAUGGAGUUCGGACCCCAGGACUUACUGAAGACAAGCUAUGGAAAGCAAAGUACAUCUACGAUUCUGCAUUCCACCCGGACACAGGCGAGAAGAUGGUCUUGAUAGGACGGAUGUCGGCCCAGGUGCCCAUGAACAUGACAAUCACAGGCUGCAUGCUGACAUUUUACAGAACAACCCCAGCUGUUAUAUUUUGGCAAUGGAUCAAUCAGUCUUUUAAUGCCAUUGUCAACUACACCAAUAGAAGUGGAGAUGCUCCUAUCACCAAAAGCCAGCUGGGGACGGCUUAUAUUAGUGCCACUACCGGUGCUGUUGUCACUGCUCUAGGACUCAAGUCACUGACUAAGCAUCUUCCCUCAUUGAUCGGACGCUUUGUGCCCUUUGCUGCUGUGGCUGCAGCCAACUGCAUUAACAUUCCACUUAUGAGACAAAGAGAACUGAAGCAAGGAAUCCCCAUUACAGAUGAGAAUGGAAACAGACUAGGAGAGUCAACAAAAGCUGCUCAGCAAGCCAUUGCCCAGGUGGUGGUAUCUCGGAUUGGCAUGGCAGCCCCUGCUAUGGCAAUCCCCCCAGUUAUAAUGAACAUAUUAGAGAAGAGAGCAUUUCUUAAGCGCUACCCCUGGAUGAAUGCACCACUACAAGUUGGCUUGGUUGGAUUCUGCCUGGUGUUUGCAACUCCACUAUGUUGUGCACUAUUCCCUCAAAAAAGCUCUAUGAAAGUAUCCAGUCUGGAGCCAGAGAUCCGCGAUCACAUCCUUGCAAAGAACCCCGGUACAGAGGUUGUAUAUUUUAACAAAGGACUCUAGACAUGGAGCACCCAGUGUCUCUAUACUGAGCAGACCCUAUAUGAACAUUGUGUUUCUACUCUACAAGCUGCUACUACACCUUGUAUUCUUCAAUGAGGGUAAAUCCCCAGUCUUCUCAGGUAUAACCAGACACAGUGUAAUUUUGUAAUGUUUGUGGAGUUAAAUACAUUCCGGUUACUAGUGACAUUGCCCAGGGCAGGGUCUAAUAGGUUAUACUAGGGUUUGUGAGGGGACAACUAAGAAUAAAUGGUGUAUGGUAUUCAUCUACCACUCAGUUAUUGGCUUUCUCUAUUUUAGAAAAUAAGUUUACCGUAUAUACUCGAGUAUAAGCCGAGUUUUUCAGCACGAUUUUUCGUGCUGAAAACGCCCCCCUCGGCUUAUACUCGAGUGAACAAAAAACCGUUUCUGGCUUAGCUGUGAGGGGAUGGUCCGGGCCGUCCAUCUCCGCCUAUCAAUCCCUUCUCAGUGGUCUUCAACCUGCAGACCUCCAGAUGUUGCAAAACUACAACUCCCGGCAUGCCUGGACAGCCAUCGGCCACUGCGCAGGGACGUUCAUGCGCAGGGACGUCACGGACGUCUGCUGCGAACGGACUUCCCUGCGCGUCGUCAUCAACGCAACGUCACUAGUCCGGGGCCAGCGCGGAGCAGAGAAGAGGGCCUCCCGGUGAAGAUGGACAGCCCGGAACGACUACCCCUCCCACUGGAUGGUCCCUGCAGCAUAGAUGGCCGAAGAUGGACGGCCCGGACCAGCUCACCCUUCCUUCCCACCAAGGGGAGGUGAGUAGAAAACAAAAGGGGGGUCUGGAUGAUGACGAAGGCCGCAGUGGUC